AUGGGCCAGCGAUUAGAUGACGAGCUCCAGAUGUACAAGCGAAUGGAGAAAGGCUCGCGAUCCCAUCCCGGCCGUAACGCUGUUCGAUCACUUAUUGACUCGUUUGAUAUCAAUGGCCCCGAAGAAAAGCACAGAUGUUUGGUACAUCCCCCAUUAUGGGAAAAUUUGUUGACUUUCCUCCACCGCAACCCUUAUGAAUCAGAUAUCAAGGCCGAUAAUAUCAUGUUUAGUACCGGCGAUGAUACGAUUUUCAGAGAAUUUGAACAAGAAGAACUCACUACUCCAUCUCCACGGAAAGAGCUAGAUGGAAGGACAAUAUACGUAUCCAGAGAGCUAGGAAUGCCCGAAGCACUGGGGCCACCAGUCCUCUGUGACUUCGGUUCGGCCAUCCCUGGUGACAUUGAACACUCCGAAGAUAUUCAACCCAAUAUCUACCGGGCACCAGAGGUGAUAUUAGAAGCUCCAUGGACCUAUAGUGUGGAUAUUUGGAACGCGGGAUGCAUGAUCUGGGACAUUUUUGAAGGCGAAUCGUUAUUUACUGGUCACGACCCAGAAUUCCAAACCUAUCGAAGCCGAGCCCACCUUGCUGAGAUGAUCAGGCUCCUUGGACCUCCGCCGCAUUCACUGCUUGCGCAAGGGAAUCUAAGGAGUAAAUUCUUUUCCGCCGAAGGUGAAUUCUGUGCUGGAAUACCUCUGCUUGAACGUGUUCAGCUCGAAGAAAGAGAAACUACUUUUGAGGGACAGGAAAAACUGGCCUUUUUACGUAUGGUACGAAAAAUUUUGCUGUGGCAGCCAGAGAACCGUAGUUCCGCGAGAGAGCUUGAACGUGAUGAGUGGAUUCAGAGUUACUUUCCAAAGAGCUAG